GACCUGUGAUAUAGAGGUGCAACUGAAAUAGCGUAACCACCUUUGUAAACAUGAGAGUUUCUCACAGCCGCCGCAUCGAGGCGGCUAGCUCUGCAGUUGCUCUUUUUGUAUGCGCCGUAUGCGCCUGUGCGCCCUGCCUGGCCGCUGGCGCAUGGGGCCCUCCCGGUAAUGUGGUGCCUAACUUCGUGGAUCCAGGUCCGCCGGCUAGUUGCUUUCCACCGUAUUCGCCCAUCGACUUGGAUAAGGAGUACGACGUCUUCGAUAAGCUGCACGUUAACCAGAUCAUCGCGCUAGCCGUGGCGACGGGUUCCAACCCUUACGUUGGUCAGCUCAGUCCAUGGGCCAUUGCAAGCUGGAACGCUAUCGCCGCCUAUGACUGCUCCGCCAACCCCGCCAUCGAGACUGGAGUCUCAAGGCGCCCCGUUUCCCAGCGCAACCUCCGCAACCGCAACAAGGCGCAAGCCGCCGCACUGCUGCGCAUGCACGAGCUAGUGGAUCCCGUGCUCGGCGCCUCCUCCCGCGCCCUGCUGGCGGACUCGCUGCCCAAGGGCAAGUCGACCUUCAAGCUCAGCCCCGACUGCAGCGGCGGCGCGGCAGCCUUCAACACCCCAGAGUGCGUGGGCAUCCGAGCAGCCAAUGUGACGUACAACUGGUUCAUGGCUGGCGGCUGGAACUUUGACGGCGCCAAGAGCCGUAAAUACAACAAGUCGCCGUACACGGACUAUGUGGGCUACACUCCCAAGAACACCCCCUGGGACCUCGCCUACCCCUGCAACUGGCAGCCUCUGCACGAGACGGACCGUCGUGGCAAGAUCUGGAUCCAGACCCACAUGAUGCCGUACCUGCCCAACGUGACGACCUUCUUCGUGAACAAGAGUGCCGAGGGUGCCAGGACCGUUCCCAUGUGGGACUGCGCCAACCGCACCGCCUACAAGGCCCAGGUGGACGAGAUCCUCCGCUUCUCAGCCGCCCUGACCGACGCCACCAAGAUGCAGGCUGAGCUGCUGGGUCCGCAGCCCUUCUGCCUUUUCACCGUGCAGAAGCUGCGCGAGAGCAAGGGCUGGAGCAUCACGGACGUGGCCGCGUUCAACCUGAUGAGCGUCAUCUACAUUGACCUGCAGGCCAGCGUUAUUGCGCGUGAGAAGAUCCGCCACGACGGAGUGCGCCCCGCCAGCGCUGUACGGUACUGGUACGGCGACACCACCGUCACCGCAUACGCGGGUGUGGAUGCGGGCGUCACAACCUUCCCCGGAAAGGACUGGCUGCCCUACCUGUCCACCUUCAACGAGGCCGAGUUCCCCUCGGGCGCCAUCUGCUGGUGCACUGUGCUGAACGAGUGGAUCGAGCUGUGGCAGGGUGGUGACAGCAACCCCAACUCCAACAAGUUCAACCCGCCGCUCAACUUCACCUUCCAGCCGGGCUGCAGCAUGCGUGAGCCGUACGCCACCCCCAAGCAGCCCGUCUCCAUCACCAUUGCAACCACCCAGGAGUACAUCCAGAAGUGCAAGGACGCGCGCGUGUACGGCGGAGUGCACUUCCGGGCCGCCAUGAACGCUGGUUAUGACAUUUGCAAGGGCGUCACCAAGUCCGUGUGGGGACGGGUCAAGCAGCUCUAUCCCAAGCUGGACGGCCGUACUUGCUAAGGGAAGAAACAGUCUUCGCUCGGCGGUAUCCGCUAGGAAUGACAAUUGUCAGAAAAAUCAGAACGACAAUAUCUGAAAUAUUGAUAUAUUCGUGAAUUGAAAGCCCAACACCUGCGUGGCGUUGUGUGUUGGCUAGAAUUGCGUGCUGUUCAUAGAGUGCAAUGAGUGAACUGGCUAGUGAUUGUCCUUUCCCUCAUGAUUGUCCUUUCCCUCGUGAUUGACCUUUGAAUCCACUGAUCCAUUGAAACAGCCCGAACCUGUCCAUCUCAUUACUAAGCGCUGCGAGGUCUCUACUACCAUAGUUCGUGUUGUUUAACAGGAGGCGCAAUCAAUCAAUAUUGCUUGCAGCGUUUUGCGUGCUUUGUACUGCAAUAGCAUGCAUCACUGCAGUGCGCCGUAGUCGGCACACGUGCCGCACAUCGAUGCAUGGCGAGCUAUUAUGCAAGGCCGUUUGCUGAUCCGUAUUCGCAUUACUUCUGCCGUAAAUUGCAGUUUCCAUGCCUAUUUGUAGUACUUGUAGUUUCCAUGCCAGCCCCUUUUUGCCAGACGAAAUUCUGUCGAUUGGGAGGCCUAGGCACCUGAAUUGAAGUUCGUUGCUGUGACCGCAGUUAUUUACCAGUUCCUUGCCAGUGGGUUAUUAGUCGGUUGGGAGGUCUAAGCUCCUUAACCGAAGUGAGUUGCUGUGAUCUCUGUUACUUGUGGUAGGGUUGGGGGCAGGUUGGGGAUUCAUGGCUUAGGUUUGGAAUGAUAGGAGCUGGGUUGGAUAUCUGCAGGGUUGUGGUAUCUGGAGGCUCCGAGUGCAUAGCUGCGUUGGGGCAGCUUUGGGGAAUUCAUAGCUAAUGAUGAGGAAUCCUACCACUUGUUUGGUUGGAUAGCUGAAAAUCAAUUUACCACUUGCUUUGCACUCCUUGUUGUGUGCAUGUGGAAAGCCA